AUGGCUUUAGUGACAAUUCAGCGCUCACCUAGCCCCAGCCUGGAGCAGGAUUUGGAUGCUACUGACAGCACUGACGAUGGUACACAUGGCUCAUCUCAGAUGCGUAAAAGCCUCAGCCAGAGCUAUUUCACUGUCAAGGGGGCAGCACUGAUCCUUCCUCACAAUGAGUUUACCAAGAAGUCUGCCAGAAAGAAUCAUGGAGGAGAAAUUCAGCACCACCUGCAAGCCAUGCUGCAUCUGCUGCGACCAGAAGACACCAUCAAAAUUGCGGUGCGUCUGGAGGACAUCAACCAGUACAAGCGCUACAUGGCCCUGGUGUCCACCAAGGGUCGUCAGGACACAGAGGAAGCCGUCAUCCUGGGCAUUGACUGCACCGCCUCCCAGGCUUCCAUUGGCCUAGUCCUGCCUGUGUGGAUGGGGCUGCGGAUUACACUAGGAGGAGAUGGAGGUUUCAGUGUGCGAACUGAUGAACAGUGUUACCUGUUUAAACCAGUCUCCGUCCAGGCAAUGUGGUCAGCCAUACAGAGCCUGGUGAAGGUACAACAUAUUGCUGAUGACAUGAAGUACAUACGUGAUGGACUCACACACACCUGGGUCGGCUAUUACAAAUCUCGUAUAGACCGUAGAGAUCCUGCUCGUGUCGGUCAGUGGAACAUUGAAGGUGUAGAGGUAUUUGCCCCCUCGAGUCUCUCCAUCCAGUCAAGCGAUGGCGAUGAGAGGAUUAAACUGGCCAUCAGCCACACGCUGAAGGAAGUGAUGAUGACUGUUGAUUUGGAUGAGGCCACAUCCUUGAUGUUACGGAAAGCUGUUGAGGAGAAAAUGAACUUGUCUCUUUCGGGAUUCAAAGGCUACUUUGAUGAGGAAGUUAUGAGGAUUGUGGGUCAGAUGGAUGAACCCUCAGAGAUCUUAGAUUUUCUUUUCCUGGGAUCUGAAUGGAAUGCCUCCAAUUUAGAAGAGCUCCAAGAGAAAGGCAUUGACUACAUCCUCAACAUCACCAAGGAGAUUGACAACUUCUUUGAGGGCAGGUUCCACUACUACAACGUGCGGGUCUAUGACGAGGACAGUUCUGACUUGCUGAAACACUGGGACAAGACAUACAAGUUUAUCUCCAAGGCCAGGAGUCAGAAUUCCAAGGUACUGGUUCACUGUAAGAUGGGAGUCAGCCGUUCGGCCUCUACGGUGAUGGCCUUCUUGAUGAAAGAGCGCAGGUGGACGGUGGAGGAGGCUUUCAAGUUUGUGAAGGAGCGGCGCAGCUGUGUGCACCCAAAUGCUGGCUUCAUGGAGCAGCUCCAGAUGUACCAGGGCAUCCUGACUGCCAGCAACAAGAGAGACAUAUUCCGCAGCAAAUCCGAUCAAAAUCUGUUGGAUGAAAAUGCAAAGGAUGAUCUUGAACCACCAGACAUGUCUUUUUUAGGAGAAGAUCUCUUCCACAUGAUGUCACACUCUGAUUGGCUGUCAGCCUCUGGGGGUGUGGCUCAUGGGGAAGAGUGGAUUGGUUCCCUAUAUCAAGAUGAACUGCAUGACACAGACAUGUUACAAGUGGGUACAGAUCUGGAAACAGAAUGCCGCACUGCCGACUCCAUGGAAGAAGUGUUGCCAGAUCUGCCUUCUCCACCACCUGAAACUGCCAGUCGUGAAUGUCUGUCAUUGUCACUGCCAACUACCAGAGCAUCAUUUGAGCGGUCGUCUUGUGACACAGAGCUCACUCAGGAGACAGAGGUGGACAGUGAGACACAUUCGGGUUGCUCCACCUAUUGCCAACAGACUUCUGGGGGCUCUCCAACUUCAAAGAUCAAGCCAGACAGCUCCUGGAUCCGAUUAGAUAUUGUUGAUACUGAAGAAGAAACUGGCUCCAUCCUUAACAGCAAACUGAUUUUUUCAAAACCUGUGCCUUGCAGUGACUCAGUUAGUAGCACUGAUUAUUAUAUUGAUGCCUUAGAUUCAAGUGCCAAAGAUCUUCAUGUUCCAGAUACUGUAGAUUCUCAAGAGACGGUUGUUACUGAACCUCACAGAGCAGCUACACAACCUCAAAGGGCAGCUGCUACAGAUUCUCAUGAGGCAGCCAUCUCUGAGCCUCCUGUGGCAGCCACUGAACUUCGUAAGGCCGUCACAGAACCUCUUUUUGGAACCAAAGAACCUCAUGCUGCAGCCACAGAACCUCUUACAGCCACAUUUUAUAUGGCAGCUUCAGAAACUCCUAUAGCAGGCACAAAAACUCAUGCUGCAGCCACAAAUGCUGAGUGGGAGAUGCCCGAUGUUCACAAGGCAAUCAGAGAGUGUGAUUUGAAAGCCCCGAAUCUCCAGGAGGCAUCCACAGACACACAUGGAACUCUGGUAUCUCAUAGUGAACCGUCACUGUUGACAGUGAACUCUCGUGAACUAUCACAAGUCGCAUCAACAGCUGCUUCAGAUCCCAGUCCACAACCAACCAUUUCUGGCCUGGAUGUCUCACUCACUGGUGAGAUAAAUACCAAAACUGAGUCCUCUAUUGGACAGACCAGCUUGAGUUCAGCAGCCACAAUUCUGCCAGGCUUUGUUGAUUCCUCCAGUGUCUUUCAAGGGCAAAAGUGCUCAUCAACAUUUGGUUCAUCUAUGGUUACAACCAGUUCACAGCCACCAACAAAUAAGCAUGAGGUGAUGAUAAUAAGCUCUGGUACAAGUCCACACAUCAGAAGUGACCUUGGAGUUCAGCAGAUUUUCUUCCAAGAGAAUAUUCCCUGGACGCCAGGAAAGGUUCUGUUUUAUUUCUUGUUUUCUGAGAUCCAUAUUUCUGCACACCCACAGGUCACAGUGGUACGCCAUUCCUACAGCUGUAUGGAGCUGUGCAUACAGGAAGAUGAUAACCUGGCUGUAGGAUCAGUGUAUGAACGAGAGAAAAUCCCUCUGACUCCGGGCCUAGUGUUACGGACAAAACAAGAAAUUGAAGGAAGACAGUGUGGUGACAGCGAGCAAGAGCCCCAUCCCAUGUUACGUACGUCCAGUCUGAAACAUCACCGAGACAGCCCACACUCAAAGUCCACACACACCCGUCAGUCCAGUGGUCCAGUCUUGUCGCUGCAGGAGGACAAGUGUGUGGGGAAAGCUCAGUCCAUCAGAAUUGGGGAGAUACAGCAGACAGACAUGGAGAUACUUGCAACUUCUCAGCUGGACCAUUUGAAGGACAUGCCAGAUAAUUAUGUGUGCAGGACACAACCUGAUGCAGCCACUUCAGAGUGCAGGACACAACCUGAUGCAGCCAUGGCACAGUGUGCAAGACACAACCUGAUACAGCCAUGGCAAA